AUGGGAGGAAGACGCCAACGAAUCGAUUUGGGUGACGAUGAGGCAUCCAACAAGAAGCAAAAGGCAGACGAUGACAACGCGGAAGCGGAAGCGCAAACGCACAACCCAUGGACCGGUCUACCUUACUCUCAAAAGUACUACUCCAUUUUGAAAAAGCGUUUCACAUUGCCUGUCUAUCAAUUCAAGCAAGAACUGUUGAAAAAAGUUAUGGCUAAUCAGUGCGUCGUUGUGGAGGGAGAGACAGGUUCUGGAAAGACUACUCAAAUUCCCCAGUUUCUAUUGGAAGCUGGUUUGGCUUCACAGGGAGAAACCUGCAUUGCUUGUACACAACCGCGUCGAGUUGCCGCAACAAGUAUCGCCGCGCGUGUCGCCGAUGAGAUGGAUGUCCAACUUGGUCAGGAAGUCGGUUACACUAUUCGUUUUGAAGAUGUCAGUGAUCCCAACAGGACUGUCUUGAAAUUCGUGACAGACGGUAUGUUGCUGCGAGAAGCCAUGCAUGAUUCCCUGUUGUCAAGAUACAGCGCAAUUGUUCUGGAUGAGUGUCACGAACGCACUCUGGCGACAGAUGUUAUUAUGGGCUUGCUUAUGGAAAUUCUACCCAAACGAACGAAGGGAUCCAAACACGGGGAGCUAAAGGUGGUCGUGAUGAGUGCGACACUCGAUGCCAAAAAAUUUCAAGAAUACUUCAACGAUGCUCCACUCAUGAAAGUGCCUGGCCGAACAUUCCCAGUCGAAGUAUUUUUCACUGCCAAGGCCGAAAGAAACUAUGUCGAAGCAGCCGUGAGAACGACCCUUCAUAUCCAUCAAUGUGAAGAACCGGGUGAUAUACUUGUCUUUCUGACAGGAGAGGCAGAAAUUGAACAAGCUUGCGAAGAGAUACGAAAAACGGCCGGUUCAAUGGCUCGAGACCAUGGAGAACUUGUGGUAUACCCAUUGUACUCGUCGCUGCCGCCAGAAGCACAGCGAAAGAUCUUUAGUGCUGCCCCAAAAGCACAAGUUGCUGGAGGACCACCCGGCCGAAAAGUUGUCGUGUCCACUAAUAUUGCCGAAACAAGUUUAACAAUCGACGGAAUCGUCUACGUUGUGGACCCAGGAUUCUCAAAACAAAAAGUAUACAAUCCACGUAUCCGAGUCGAAUCGCUUCUGGUAUCCCCCAUUUCUCGGGCUAGUGCAAGACAACGUUCAGGUCGUGCAGGUAGAACGCGACCAGGAAAGUGCUUCCGACUAUAUACUGAGCAGAGUUUUCACAAGGACCUCCAAGAAACGACGUAUCCCGAAAUUCUACGAUCAAAGAUGAGUAAUGUGGUUUUGACUUUGAAGAAACUCGGAAUCGAUGACUUGGUCCACUUCGACUUCAUGGAUCCUCCAGCUCCAGAAACGCUGAUGCGUGCCCUAGAGCUAUUGAACUACCUUGGGGCUCUUGACGAUGAAGGAGAAAUGACUGAGCUGGGAUAUCAAAUGAGUGAACUACCACUGGAUCCUCAACUGGCAAAGCUGAUUCUUGUCAGUCCCGAUUAUGGAUGCUCUGCGGAGAUUGUCACAAUUGUCGCCAUGUUGAGUGUACCACAAAUCUUCCUCCGACCUCGUGAGCAAGCAAAGGCAGCUGAUGAAGCUAAAGCGCAGUUCACCCAUGCCGACAGUGAUCACUUGACUCUGCUCCGAGCAUUCAAUGAAUACAACAUGGUACCUGAAAGAGAAAGGAAAAAUUGGUGUUGGGAAAACUUUAUCAGUGAGCGUGCCAUGAUUAGUGCAAACAAUGUCAGAAACCAGAUCAUUGGCAUUAUGAAGAGACUAGAUUUGGCAUAUGUCUCAUCCGACAUCAAGGGGGAUGGGUCCUUUUCUAGCAUGGACAUUCGGAAGGCUUUGACAGCUGGCAUGUUUAUGCAAGUAGCGUACCGUCAACGAUCUGGGGAAUACUUGACGGUGAAGGACAAUCAAAACGUUGCUAUCCACCCGAGCUCUGUCGUAAACAACCGACAAGAUUGGGUUAUAUUUGAGGAGUUUGCACUCACCACGAAGAACUUCAUUCGAACAGUCACAUCGACCAAUGUGGAUUGGUUGGUGGAGCUGGCACCCCACUACUUUGACCUCGAGAACUUUCCAAAAUGCGAGGCAAAGGGUGAGCUUGAGAAAGCAUAUCUUCGGAUGUCAAAGAUGUGUAAGAGGUAG